UGACAGUGGAAAAUCCUGUAGAAAAGUCUAGCAAGAGUCUGACUGCUGCAGUACUUCUCGCAACACAGUAGCGCCUGGAUGGCAGGGUCAAGCCGGAGUAAAAACUGCAGGAAUUUCGGCAGGCACCCUGUGUGUUCCCAAGUGCUUGGCGGGGGUGUGGGCUGAUGAGUGCUGGACCUGAGAGGCCCAUUUGGGCAAUUGCUGUACUCCUUGUUGGCGCUGCCCUACCGGCUGUCAUUUCCACUUCAUCCGUUGGUGGGAAGAUGAUGGCUCAGACUGCUGUAGCCCAGGCAAAGACUGCAGCUGCAGGGCCAGGCCCAUGGAGUGCUAAGGACCUUUUAGACCUCUGGUACCUGGAUGAGCUGUUCUCCAUAGACAACAUAGAUGUUUGGUUCUGCUCCCUCUUGGGAUCGAUUGCCAUUGGCCUUAGUGGCAUCUUUCCACUCUUAGUGGUACCCAUUGAAGCUGGAACGGCCUUGAAAACUGAGGCUGGGUGUCAGAAGCUGAAGAUGCUGUUGAGUUUUGCCAUUGGUGGCCUCCUAGGCGACGUGUUCCUCCACCUUCUGCCUGAAGCCUGGGCGUACACUUGCAGCCCUUAUGGGUCCCAAAGACACUACCGUAUGCAGGGUUUGUGGGUGAUCAUGGGUCUGCUGUCAUUUCUGAUCCUAGAGAAGAUGUUUCCUGAUGAAGGCAGUGAUUCAGAAAGCAAAGUUGGCAACCAAAGUACCGAAUGCUCUUUAACAGAUCUGAGCAGUGAGGUUUCUGUGCCCCCACAAACAAAUGGCAUCUGCUCAAACAACAACUCCGACUACAAGCCAAAGACUGACAUCAGUCCUUACACAAAGCCAGAGAAAAUAAAGACAAGUGGUUAUCUAAACCUUCUCGCUAACUGCAUUGAUAACUUUACUCAUGGCCUGGCUGUGGCAGGAAGCUUCCUAGUUAGCCGAAAGGUUGGCAUUUUAACAACGCUCGCUAUUCUGCUUCAUGAAAUCCCUCAUGAGGUGGGAGAUUUUGCUAUUCUGCUGCGAGCAGGAUUUGACCGUUGGAAAGCUGCCCGUAUGCAACUCUCUACAGCUCUGGGAGGAGUCCUGGGCGCAUUUUUUGCUCUAUGCUCCCAGUCACAACAUGGGGCAGAGAAUGCAACUACCUGGAUCCUGCCUUUCACCUCAGGUGGCUUUCUCUACAUUGCCUUGGUCAAUGUGGUACCUGAUCUGUUAAAAGAGACCAAUCCAAGGAACUCCUUUUUGCAGGUUCUGCUUCUGUUUUGUGGUAUAGCAGUCAUGGCUUUUCUCUCUAUCAUCAUUGACUAGUCACAGAUGAGCAGUUUGCAUCAAGGGACAUUCAAUCAGAAUUAAUUCAGUGCCAUCUAGCUUUCUGGAGGAUUUAUGAACAAUUCACAACAAUGUUUCGGUGUCAAGUAGAUGUUUUUGUCACCCCCAAAGACCAUGUGAGGAAAGAUCAAUGAAAGAAACAGCUUUGACAAUCAGGAGUGUGAAUCUGUAUGUGUGGCCUUGUCCUUCACGCGCACCUCAAACCGUCUGUUGUCCCAAUGCAAUUUAAAUUGAACCCAUGAGGCCUUAUGGGCACAAGCUCAAAUGGUAAUAACUAUGGUUGCUCAAACUUGCCUUCAUAUGUGCCCAUUGCUCUCAUUGUGUGUGCCUAGUACGGUUGACCAUUAUGCUCAAUAUGAAGAACUUGUUACAGUUAGCAUGCUGAUGGUCUUGGUUAUCAAAUAAAAGCCUCUAUGCUGUAGGUGGGCCACGUCUAAAUAUCUAUAAUGUGCUUUAAUAACAUGUUUAAUGUGCAGUUUACAUGCAUGCUAUUUUGAACUGUAAAUUGAGAACACUUCAUCCUGUAAUAAGAGGUACACAGAGGCAAUAUCACAAUACACUUGCUACAUAUACAUUCAUAAUAAGGUUUGAUGUUCACCAUCAUUAAACAACAAGAUUAUUGCCAUUUGUUAGCUGUUCUGAAUCUAGGCAAGAUAACACAAGCUCAAGUUGCACACUUCAUUUCCUCAAGCCAAGGCUGUACAGUUUUAGAUGAUUGUGUAUUUCUUUUGCACUUUCAUCAGUGAACACUCCAUAUGCCAAACACACUCUUAACAGGCCUUAUUUUCUUGUCAUGUCUUAAGUUAUGCUGUUUCUUUUCCUACAGUAUUUAGUCUUUGUUAUUGGUUAUGUCCUGAUAACCACUACAUUGCUUCAUUUAAGCAUGUUUUACUGACUUUCUGUAAAUUUCAUUGUGGUACUUUCAUUGCAAUUCAGACAGAGUCAUGAUUGAUUCAAAAUAGACAGUGUAUGAAUUGGUGGAUUCAUAUGCAUAGUUUUUUUUUUUUAAGUUUUUUUACUCUGUGCCAAUUCUUUCCAAAUUUAAAAAAACAUGAUAAUUUGAUUUGUCCAUUUAACAGUUUUGUACAUGGUAUAUGACUGAAAAUAAAGUUCUGAAUUUGUCACUUGGAAGGUCAGAGCAGUCUUGACGCAAUGUACAUAUUUGAAAAGAGAUUAUAUAUAUUUAUUCUGUUAACAGUGACAUGUUGAAAGAAAAAUGUCUACUUUUUAAGACUUUAAAGUCAUCCCAUUGUUACAGUUAAAUAAAGAAU